CACUCAUUCCCCUCCAUAUCUUCCCUUGUCAUGGCUCCAGUGCCGAUGCCCUCAGCUCUGAGCUUCGAGCUUUUGGGCAAAUGCUCAGUCACAAAAGCCCGCGCCGCAAAUCUCCAGCUUCCCCAUGGGCCUGUACCCCUCCCAAUUUUUAUGCCUGUCGCGACACAGGCCUCGCUCAAAGGUCUUACCCCGGAACAACUUGAGGAGACUAGCUGUCGUCUCUGUCUGAACAAUACCUACCACUUGGGCCUUAAGCCAGGACAGGCGACAUUAGAUGCGAUAGGCGGAGCGCACAAGUUCCAAUCAUGGCCACACAAUAUCCUCACAGAUAGUGGUGGCUUCCAGAUGGUGUCACUCUUAAAACUCGCGAAGGUCACAGAAGAAGGAGUGCGGUUUUUGAGUCCGCAUGAUGGAUCGCCUAUGCUUCUGACGCCCGAACAUUCCAUAUCUUUGCAGAAUUCGAUCGGCUCGGACAUAAUAAUGCAGCUAGACGAUGUUAUCGCGACGACUUCCCCCGAUCUGGCGCGAAUGACGGAAGCGAUGGAACGCUCAAUACGAUGGCUAGAUCGGUGCAUUAAAGCCCACAAGUACCCAGAGAGGCAGAAUCUAUUCUGCAUUAUUCAGGGAGGAUUGGACCUCGAUCUGCGACGGCAAUGCACGGCUGAGAUGGUCGCGCGGGAUACACCAGGUAUUGCCAUUGGAGGGCUGUCCGGAGGUGAGGAGAAGACAUCGUACUGUAAGGUCGUGGAUACUUGUACAGGACUGCUGCCGGAGAACAAGCCUCGUUACGUUAUGGGCGUCGGAUACCCUGAGGACUUGGUCGUCUCCGUCGCGCUUGGUGCCGACAUGUUCGACUGUGUAUGGCCGACCAGAACAGCACGUUUCGGCAACGCCAUCACCGCCCGCGGCGUCCUCAACCUCCGCAACGCAGUUUACGCAGAGGACUUUGGGCCUAUCGAAGAUGGCUGCCAAUGCACAUGCUGUCGCUCCCAGGAAGCUGGGGGUCUGGGAAUAACCCGCGCCUACAUCUACCACGUCACCGCUAAAGAGACCGCCGGAGCCCAUCUGCUCACCAUGCAUAACGUCCAUUACCAACUGAACCUGAUGAAGAGGGCCAGAGAGGCCAUCUUGGAGGAUAGGUACCCGGCGUUCUUAAAGGAGUUUUUCGCGACGUUGCACGGGGAUAAGAAGAAGUAUCCCGAAUGGGCGGUCACAGCACUUAAGGGUGUUGGUGUUGAUCUCAUGGUUGAUUGAUGGGAAGGGGGUAUGUUAGAAGCAUGAUGAAACAAUGCAAUCCUGUUCUGGGAUUAGAGAAUAAUUAGAUCCUUAGAAAGUAAACCAUUCGAAG